AUGGAGAAGCUGGUCAGCCUGGCUCUAAACCCCAGGUUAAGGACAUUAGGAGAUGGUUCCACUGUUGGUGUGUGCUUGAUUCUUAUCAUGGACAACCAAAAGAAGCAAAACAGAAGUUUUCUACUGACAAGGAGAGAAGUGGAAGAAUAUGCUGCAUUCUACAUCAAAAAGUAUGGUCUCAACACUGACCAGGCAGAAGCUCUAAUGAGUGUUUCAAAUCUAUUCACAGGUGGAGGACAUGUGCAUCUUAUCCAUGGUGCCUUUGGUUCGGGUAAAAGUUCCACUGUGGCAGUGAUAAUUGAGUUUUUAGUCCAACUGUUUAAGGAGAGUGAUCGCAGGUCUGUUCAACAAGGAUGGAAGAUCCUCAUCUCUUCUGCUACCAAUGUGGCUGUUGACAGGGUUUUGGAAGGACUGCUGGAACAUGGAUUUAAAGACUUUGUUCGAGUUGGAAGUGCUCCUGAAAUUUCUAAACGAGUGUUGCCAUACAGUGUACGUGCUACUGGUAGAAGGAAGGGAGAGUUAAGGAAGUUGGAACGGAUGUUGAAAAGGGCCAAGAAACCUUCAGAGAAACAAUAUCUCAAGGAGGCCAUACAGAAACAUGGAAUAAACAGAAGGAAAUUACUUUAUGCACGGGUUGUUGGCGCUACCUGUGCCACAUGUGGUGAAUCUUCUUUGAUGAAGGGCAUGAUCUUUCCUGUAUUAAUAUUGGAUGAAGCCAGUCAACUGACAGAGCCAGCCACACUGAUUCCAAUGAAGUUUGGCUGUGAAAAAUUAGUUUUGGUCGGAGAUACAAAACAACUAAACCCCAUAAUUCAAGGAUCAGCAGCCAGCAACGGAAAUGGACUAGAACAGACUAUGUUUGACAGGCUCAUGGCUAUGGGUCAUGAGACAACAAUGCUACAUACACAGUAUAGGUGUCAUCCAAGGAUAAGUGCCAUGGCCAGUACCUUGUUCUAUGGUGGGUUGUUGAAGGAUGGAGUAUCUGAAAAAGACAGGGAACCUUUAAUGAAAUCCUGUCCACCUCUGUGCUUCAUUGAUGUCUCGAAAGGUCAGGAAGCUCGGGACAGACUGGACAGCAUUUAUAACAAGGAGGAGGAGGCCUUUGUUGCAUCUCUUCUUAAGAAGCUGCUGUCUGAGGGCUUGAAGCCAGCACAAAUUGGGGUUAUUACACCUUUCAGGUCUCAGGUUGCUAAAAUUAAGAAGAUUUUGUUGGCUAGCAGUAUUAAUGAGCCCAGUAAAAUCAGUGCUGUCCAGAUUUCCACAGUGGAUGCUUUUCAAGGAGGAGAGAAGGAUGUCAUCAUUCUAUCCUUUGUGAAAACUAACAACACAGCAUUCAUUGAUUGCAAAAAGAGAACCAAUGUUGCCUUGACCAGAGCUAAGCACCAUCUGCUGCUUGUUGGACAAAAGCAGAAUCUGGAAAGAAACCCAAUGUUUAAGGAGGUCAUCUUUUAUUGUGGAAGUGAUGUUGUAAAUGCCUCACAAUUUAUGAGAACAUUUCAACAACAAAAGACAUCAGAGGCAGAGAAAUCUCCAUCACAGAAACAAGGCUUCUCAUCUUGUGGUAUGCAGCAAAGCAGAUAUACUGACAGUAGCAAAAGUCUUAUCUUGAAAGCAGAACAACAGUCACCAUCAAAUGUUUACAGUGAAAAUAUCACAGACAAAGGGCCCCAAGGGACAUUUUUGCCAGUUGUCCAAGCCUGGUGUGACACUCACAGUCCUGGUGAUGGAGCAUUUAAAGAGCCACCUUGCCAUGUUCCCAUGAGGUCACUUUCAAGGCCCCGUAUAAUAGAUGAGAACAUAUUCAGUGACAGUGACACAGAAUCCUCAGACAAUGAAGACCUACCAGCAUUUUGAGACAUUUGUUAACUGUCCGUAUUGGUAGCAAUACCAAGGUGGUCAGCACUGAGGAAUGUGAAUUUGAAGAGAGGGAAAAGGCCGUGGAUUUCAGCCUUUUGUUCUUUGUUUAUCAUGUGACUUAUUAAAUUGAUCAACAACGUACCAGCCAAUGAGCAUCAUCUUUCUCAGGAUGAAAGAUUCAUUUUGUGUGACAAUACCAACUUCAGGAGCCGAUUUCUCAGUAUAGGCUUAAAGUGUGCAGGUGGUUCACUUAAAGCAGCAAACAAGUAACAAUGACCAAUUUACAUUGCCAGUAGCAUCGGGAAACCAGAUUCAACACACAACUUAGUUUUUGUCACAUGACCUAGAUAUCAUUUUAGGUCAUGGUCUUGACAUUGAUUUAGCCCAUGGCCUUGACCUCCACAUUCUAUUUAACUGCACUGAUCCAGUUUGGAACCACAGGAACUGGGUAUGCAAUCUUACUAGCUAUAUUGCUUGAUCUGUCUGCUCAACAUGUCACACAAUAGCCUUACUGGGAUGCAGGUGCAACACAUGCCACUUUGAGAUGAAAUUUUGUUUCUAGAAAUUGGUAAAGAUGGUUUGUUUACACAACAGACUUUGUGCUUCAAAGAAAGGAAAAAUUAACGCUUUUAUUUCUGAUCAAAAUUCCUCAAUAACACUUACUGUGAUUAAGAACUAUAUGCACAUACAUACCAUUAUUUAUAAAUAAGAGACAUACUGUGCUGAUAAUUUACCAAAACUGUUUACAUGUUGAUUAUGAAUCGUUUGUCUAAAGUAAGAUUGACUUCUCUUAAUUAUAUACUGCUUUCUUACUGUGUUGCAUAUUGAUAGUUAAGUUAAAGGUAGACUUGAGUUGAAGUAAAAUUGCAUGAUGUACAAGUAGAACUAAUUUACAAAACGCAGGUAUUUUUGCCAUAGCCAAUUAUUUUUUAAGUUUGUUAUCUGUUUGUUAAAGUAAUAAAUUGUUUAAUA